GCUGCGGAAGCUGCCGCUCGCGCAGCAGGCAGGCUCGCUGGACCGCGCUCGCCGAGCCCCGCGAGGGCGGCGAGCUCGGGGCGGGCGCCAGCCUCGCGGGCGCCGGCAACGGCAAGGAGCUCGAGGGGGAGGCCGGGCUCGGCAACUCCGACGCCGCCGCCAAGAGCGAAGACCUGAAGAAAGCCCGUGCUGCCCUGGCAGCACUGUCCAAGGUGGGCACCUCAGCAGAGGAAGACCCAGGGCGGCCCCCAGGGCGCUGGCCCCGAGAGGCCAGUGGACCGCAGGCGGUGCAGGACCCGGCUUCAGCCAGAAAGAGCAGCGCGUCCCGCGGCCCCGACAACAACGUCAGGGUCCAAGAGGCCGCGUGCUCCUCGUCGCCGCGGACGGACGCCCUUCGAGAAACCACUUCUCGCAGGACCAUCCGCGUCGAGGACCACGAAGAGGCCCUCGACAUGGGCGGCGUCCAGGCCACCUUCAGCCUGUUCGGCCCCGUCACAACUAUCCAGCUCUGCGGGGGCUACCCUUUGAUCCACUUCGCAACCGAGGAGGCGUCGCAGAAGGCUGUCGUCCACUUGGACGGCGAGCAGCUUUGGAGCAGAACGUGCCAGGUCACUCUCGCCGAGAACGAGGAAGCUGAGACUGACCUGGACCACGCCUGUGACGUCCUGCAGCCCGACCUCGGGGCUCACCGGGACGAGACGGCCGACGCCGGAACCCAGCCCGAGGCAGCAGAGGCCAGCCUGGGCGGUGCAGCUAUCACUCGUGGCGCCACCACCCUGGACUGCCGGUGA